AUGGGAGAAGAAACACUUUGCUUGGAGAUGCCAAUGGAAGGAGUCGUGGCGGAAGGGAACUCAUCAGUGAGCGAAUUGAAGAGGGAACGUCUCUGUACCGAAGGAGACGAUUUUCCCAAUAAGAAACAAGCGAAGGAAGCUUCCAACGACGAUAUCGUAUCGGAGAUUUCAAAUCCCGUCGCGUCUCCGGUCGAGAGCACGUCCCGUUUUCGAGAUUUCUCCAGCCAGGUGGAUAAAUCGGGUUCCGGUGGUGAUCCCGUCGAGUGCGGUGAGGUUAUCGUGAGUAGCUCCGGGAGUGAUUUCGGCGGCUCCGAAGGGACUAUAAGCGACGAAGAGCGAAGCGGGAACGAUGCGUCCGUAGCAGGUAGCCCUCCAACAGAGCACUCGAGUGAUGAUUUGCCAUCUCGUUUUGUUUUGGAGAUUCCGAAGCAUCUUAGCUCGACCGGAAUCACGAAAAUCACGUUUAAGUUGAGUAGACAAAAGAAGGGUUUUGACGAUUUGCCCGUGGUAAAGGAUCAGGCUUGGGACGGUGGUGUUACGAAUGCUGCUUCCGCGUGGGAUGUGAAGACGCCGAAGAAGAUUGUUUCUUGCAGCUACCCAUCUAAUGUGAAGAAGCUAUUGGCGACGGGUAUGCUCGACGGUGCUCGAGUGAAGUAUAUUUCGACCCCACCGGUGAGAGAGCUUCAGGGGAUAAUCCAUUCGGGUGGGUAUUUGUGUGGCUGUACGAGUUGCAAUUUCUCGAAAGUUUUAAGUGCGUAUGAGUUUGAGCAGCAUGUUGGUGCGAAAACUAGACAUCCUAAUAAUCACAUAUAUUUGGAGAAUGGGAGGGCGAUCUAUAACAUAGUUCAAGAACUGAAGACUGCUCCUCAUGAUGAUCUGGAGGAAGUGAUAAGGAAUGUAGCUGGUUCUGCUCUGUGCGAGGAGGGUUUACAAGCUUGGAAAGCAAGUUUCCAACAGAGUAAUAGCAUGUCUGACACGAACCAUAUUAUGGAACAUUCCCCUGUCAGUUAUCUUGGUCCCGGUCCUGGUCAAUCUCUUUAUGAGAGUCAGAUCCUUACCCCAUGCUCUCUGGAUAACCAUUAUUUUCGAGAGAAAACAUAUGCAAUGGAUACAUUUGAUGAGCCGAAGCGGAUAUCAAAGAAGCUUACUUCUCAUGUAUCUAGUACGGGGUCCCACAAGAAAGCUUCUGAAGGAAGCAAUAGAAAGAGGGACAAUGAUUUACAUCGGUUGCUGUUUAUGCCUAAUGGGCUUCCUGACGGGACCGAAUUGGCUUACUAUGUGAAAUCGCAGAAACUACUAGAGGGUUACAAGCAAGGAAGUGGUAUACUAUGUAGCUGCUGCAGCAGAGAGAUUAGUCCUUCGCAAUUUGAAGCGCAUGCUGGAAUGGCUGGUAGACGACAACCCUAUCGUCAUAUCUUUAUCACUUCGGGAUUGUCAUUGCAUGAUAUAGCCUUGUCAUUGGCCAAUGGACAUGUCAUUACAACUGGUGACAGUGAUGACAUGUGUUCUAUUUGUGGGGAUGGUGGAGAUUUGCUACUUUGUGCUGGAUGUCCUCAAGCAUUUCAUACAGCUUGUUUGAAAUUCCAGUCUAUGCCUGAAGGUACUUGGUAUUGUUCUAGCUGCAAUGAUGGACCUAGCACUGGUAAACGGGCUACUGCUAUUGAUCCUUCGGGAAACUCUAAGGCUAUAGUCAUAAGACUGACAAGAGUCGUUAAAGCGCCAGAAAGCGAUAUUGGUGGUUGUGUGUUCUGCAGGUCCCAUGAUUUUAGCAUUGGGAAGUUUGAUGAAAGGACUGUUAUUCUCUGUGACCAGUGUGAGAAAGAAUACCAUGUUGGUUGCCUGAGAGAGAAUGGUCUCUGUGAUUUGAAAGAAAUCCCGCAGGAGAAAUGGUUUUGCUGUAGCGACUGCAGCAGGAUUCACGCGGCAAUUCAGAGUUCUGUUUCGUGUGGGACACAAACUGUUCCUACACUUUUGUUAGACCUAAUACGCAGAAAGGACAGAGAAAAAGGAAUAAUUACCGACGAUGGGGAUAUAGUCGAAUGGAGGAUACUUAGUGGGAAAAGUCGAUACCCAGAGCAUCUGCCCUUGCUUUCACGAGCGGCUGUUAUCUUCAGGGAGUGUUUUGAUCCCAUCGUUGCAAAGUCUGGCCGAGAUCUCAUUCCUGUUAUGGUGUAUGGGAGGAAUAUAUCUGGCCAGGAGUUUGGAGGAAUGUACUGUUUGGUCUUGAUUGUAAACUCUCUUGUUGUUUCUGCUGCGCUGCUGAGAAUAUUUGGUCAGCAAGUUGCUGAACUUCCUAUUGUAGCCACAAGCCGAGAGUACCAAGGAAGGGGCUACUUCCAAGGGCUGUUUGCGUGUGUGGAGAAUCUUCUUUCUUCACUAAAUGUUGAGAACCUGGUUCUUCCGGCAGCCGAGGAAGCUGAGUCUAUUUGGACAAAGAAGUUUGGAUUUACAAGGAUGUCUGAACAGCAAUUGCAGACGUACCAAAAGGAAGUGCAGCUUACAAUCUUCAACGGAACCUCGAUGCUGGAGAAGAAAGUACCCAAGAGUUUAUCAAAAGCAACAGCUCUCAUCUGA